CCCACAUGGUCGCGUCGGCCGCGCUGCGCUCCGCUCCGCUGCUCGUCUCGUCUCGUCUUGUGUGCUCUGUUGUGAUGUGACUCUCUGUGCUCCGUCUCGUGUCAGCGACCGGCGUCGGAUCUCGGAUACACGCAGUGACCUUCGCGUCGUAUAACCUCGGCGACAGUGAGGACAUUGGAGUCUGGGCUGUUCCAAAACCGGGAAGAUAAAAGAACGUCGUCCUCAGUAAGCGUUGCGGAUCCGGUACGUAAUGCCUUCUGCGCACCUGACGCUGCGCGAGGAGGACGUGGUCCGGCUGACGCUGGACUUCCUGCACUCGCGCGACCUGCACAUCAGCCAGCUGUCGCUGGAGCGCGAGACGGGCGUCAUCAACGGCAACUACUCGGACGACGUACUCUUCCUGCGGCAGCUCAUCCUCGAUGGCCAGUGGGAUGACGUGCUCGAGUUCAUCCAGCCGCUCGAGGCGCUGCCCACGUUCGACGCGCGCCGGUUCCGCUACGCCGUGCUGCGACACAAGUACGUCGAGCUGCUGUGCAUCAAGUCUGAGGCGCUGCUGGCGACUUCGCCGACGGCGGCGCCCACCUCCGUGGACAGCGCCGUCGAGGACGUGGUCAAGGUGCUGAACGAGCUGGAGCGCGUCGCGCCCUCGAAGGAGGACUACUCCAACCUCUGCCUGCUGCUGACGCUGCCGCGGCUCUCCGACCAUCUGCAGUACAAAGACUGGAACCCGAGCAACGCGCGCGUGCAGUGCUUCCGCGAGGUGUACCCACUAGUCGAGCAGUUCCUACCGUGCAUCAAGAAGACGGCCGCCGGCAUCGUGGAGCCGACGCCGACCGCGAAGAACGACCGCCUGAUACACCUCAUCAUCAAGGGGAUACUGUACGAGUCGUGCGUCAAUUACUGCCAGGCGAAGGCGACGGGCAACAAGGAGUCCCAGCAGCAGGAAAUGACCUUCUCGCGCCUGCUGGACGGAUCCGUGGGCUACAGCGACUCCGACCUGAGCCUGCUGUCGUGGCUGCAGAGCAUUCCGGCCGACACGUUCUCGGUGCCGUUCGAGCAGCGCACGCUCAACGUGGACAUCGUGCGCCUGGAGCGGCCGUCGCUGGAGACCUCCUGGACGGAGCACAUGCUGGUGACGCCCAUCAAGCCGAAGCAGUUCCCGCACUCGGCGAUGCCGUUCACGCGGCCCCGCUCGGCCGCCGACAUCAUGUCGCGCUCGCUGCUGCCGGCGCUGGACGGGCUCCCGCACGGCCUCCAGCAGCAACAGCAGCAGAACCACCAGCAGCAGCAGGGCGCAGGCGUGGGGCCGCACCGCGCGGGCGCCGGCCUCGCCAACCCCGUCGUCAUGGCCCUCUCCACCGGCGACAUCCUCAGCGGCCACCACGCCAUGUCGCGCUCCUCCUUCGCCAGCUUUCACCUAACGGGCUACAAGAACAACAAGCUGAUGAACACCAGCGUGGACCGGCUGUUCGAGAACGACGGCGACGUCUUUCUGAGCACCUCGUACUCGGAGUUCCAGCCGCCGAGCCCGGCGGGGGCGAGCACGGCGAAGCGGCCGGUGCGCGGCCAGUCGCGCAGCCCCGACCGCAAGGCCGGCGGCGGCGGCGGCGCGCUGUCCUCGGCGGCGUCCACGCCGGAGCACCGCGGCCGCGACUCGCCCGCCACCGCCUCCUCCACGGCGACGACGGCGCGCUCGUCUCGCCGCGACUCGCUGUCGGACCGCUGCUCCGUGGGGCCCCCGCAGCCGCAGCCCCCGCCGCAGCUGCCGGCCGUCCACCCGGUCGCCGUCGUCGAGCCGCAGCCGAACGCAAACUUCGAGGGGGACCUCUACCGCGAGUUCCAGCGCCAGAAGCAGCGCAUCAACGACACGCUGCAGGCCAAGGAGCGCGAGCGCGACGAGCUCGUGCGCCAGAUCGCGGCUGCCGACAACCGCCUCUCCGAAGUCAGCGGGGGCAGCGCGUCUGGCGGAGUGGUGAUGGGGAAACCCCCUGUGGGUGGCAGGCCUGCGGCGCCAGCUGCCGCUACUGUCGUCGUCAGGGCCAACGCGCCGCCGCCCGCCACCAGCAGGGUCGCCGUCAACGGCUCUCUGCCGCACCACGAGGUCAACAGGGAUCACCCGCCGGCGCCGCUGUCGUAUCACGCGGGGAACUGCGCGGUGGACCUGCCCGACGGACACUACGACACCGUCAAGCAGCCGGCGACGGCGGUGGGCGACGGCGACCUGAACGGCAGCGUGGGCAGCGGCGGCGGCCCGGGCCGGCCGCGCUUCGUCGCCGUCACCACGCUGGAGGACGUGCAGGCCGUGCGCUGCGCCGAGUUCCACCCGCAGGGACGCCUUUACGCCGUCGGCUCCAACUCCAAGACGCUCCGCAUCUGCUCCUACCCCAAGCUCUCGGACCUCAGGGAAGAUCAUGCAACAUAUCAGCCAACAGUAUUGUUUAAGCGUACAAAGCACCACAAAGGUUCAAUAUACUGUUUGGCAUGGACUCCAAUUGGUGAUUUAAUGGCUACAGGAAGCAAUGACAAAACAUUGAAGUUAAUGCGAUUCAAUGCAGAUACUUCCAAUUUAGAGGGUCAAGAAAUAGAGCUUACAAUGCAUGAUGGAACUGUCCGGGACUUGUGCUUCCUUGAGGAUACAACAAACAAGUCCAGCCUUCUUAUUAGUGGUGGUGCUGGUGACUGCAAAAUAUAUGUGACAGACUGUGCUACAGGAACAUCAUUCCUGGCACUCAGUGGUCAUUCAGGUCAUGUUUUGACACUGUACAAUUGGGGAGGUGCAAUGUUUGUUAGUGGCUCACAAGACAAGACCGUAAGAUUCUGGGAUCUGCGGACCCGUGGGUGUGUGAAUAUGGUGACACCAGCUACAGCACCAGGAAACAGAGGCUCACCAGUGACCGCUGUGUGUGUUGAUCCUUCAGGCCGUUUGCUUGUCUCUGGUCAUGAAGAUUCUUCUUGUGUUUUAUAUGAUAUAAGGGGUGGGCGUAAUGUGCAGUGCUUCAAACCGCACUCUGCUGAAGUUCGGUCAAUACGAUUUUCCCCCAGCGCCUACUACCUUCUCACUGGUGGAUAUGACAACAAAUUAGUCCUCACAGAUCUACAAGGUGAUCUGACUCUACCUCUGCCAAGUGUUGUCGUGGCACAGCAUCAAGACAAGGUAAUUUCGGGGCGUUGGCAUCCAACUGAAUUCUCAUUCCUCAGUACGAGCGCUGACAAGACUGCAACUCUAUGGGCUUUGCCUCCUGUUUGAAUCUCAUUUUAUCUUUUUUCUUUGUAUGUUAACAAUGGCAAAUAAUCCCUUUAAACUAAUUAAUUUUUGAUGUUUAAUAUCAGAUGUACCUGAGGAGAAAAUUCAAACUGUGUUAGUACCUCUUGUACAACAUGCUUGUUCUAACUUUGUUGGAUACAUAGCUUUUUUUCAAUGUGUAUGGUAUUUUUUGGCUACUAUCAGCUGCACUUGUGUAGAUCAUUGUGAAUAUAGAUUCUAUUUUCAUAAAAGUAGAUCUUAAUUCACUCCGUACACAUCUUAAAAUUUUAUUCCUCAAUGGUUAUUGAGUUUGAGUUCAUUGUUUUAAUGUGACUGUUCCAAGUACCAUUUGUGUAAUCAAUGUUAAUAAGCAGUGCUGAUGUAGGAAACAAUUCACAAAAUAUUAAUAAAAAUAUAUAUGCUGAAAAUUAAUAUGAAAUAAGAGAGAGAGAUACAGCACAUUUUGCUCUUUAUUUUCAAUGAAGAAUUUGCGAGGCAAGAUUCUUAUUCUUAUACAGAAUCGAACAGAAUUUUAACUCAGUAUAUGAUGUAAUAAUGAUGCUUCUUACUGAAGAAAAUUCUAUAGUUUCUGACAAUGCAGGUCUUGUAAGUUUUUAUUUGUAGGAAUAUGUAUAUAAUGUACAGUGCAUACAAGUAACAUUGUUUCUGAAUUGUGUGUGUGUGUGUGUGUGUGUGUGUGUGUGUGUGUGUGUGUGUGUGUGUGUGUUUCUGUACAAGUGUAAGAGGUUAGAGAGAUUCUUAUGAAUUGUUUAAACAUUAUUUUUGUCACCUUGUGCAUGUUAUGAGUUAAGUGAAGUUUUCAUUAAUAUUGCCUGUAUAGAAAUCUGCGAAGUGUUAAACUGUAUAUCAUAAUCAUGUAGUUAAAUUUGCAGCAUGUAAUGUAAGAUAAACGUUUUCUGUAACAGAGUAGCUUCAGAAUGCUUUUUAUCAUUAUUUUACAAGUUCAUGGAUACUCAGUAUUUUUAGACAAUUUUUUUGUAGUAACCAAUGAUCUUCAUUAGAAUAAAACAAAACUUUUUCAUUGUUAUUGAAAAGUAUUUCAUUUUGGUGGUGAAAUUUAAACUAUUGUAUGUAUGGAUUCCAGGUGCCUUCAUUUGCAGAUACUAUGAGUGACAGCUCCUAAUCAUUUGUCAUUUUCAAUCCACUCAAAAUAGCAAAUGUCUACUGCUGUAUUUUUUUCUAUGUGCAAAUUAAACUGCAGUGUAAUAACAGA